UUUAUUGUUAUUCAAUAUUUUUUUGCGUUAAAAAAAUACUGAAUAUAUGUGUAUAUUUUUUUUUUUAAACGAGAAAAUUCUAGGUUGCUAAUUAUAAAGUGAGCGUCACAUUUUUUUAAUCUUUGUUUUUAUGUAUUUUUAAUAUUAAAAUUCUCUCCAUUCGAUGAUAAUAGCGGGCAGUGUCAACAGUGUCAGCACAUUAAGUUUGUAAUCUUAUUUGAAAAAAAUUAAACAAAAAAUAUAUUCUCAGUGAAAUUAAAUUUAGGAUUAUCAAUUUGUGUAAUUUUUUUUUUUUGUGUAAACUUUAUUGAAUGAUUUAUUUGACAUAUAUUAAAAAUAAUCAUGCAGAUAUUUUGUUUAUUUUUAUUUAUAUAUUUUUAAAAUUAAAUUGAUAUAUUAUUUAUACGUAUAUUGUGUGGAAUCAUUUAGUCGUAAAUUAAUAGUCGUUUGAAAUCGCCUCACGGAUUCAAUGAUGCGUGACCGUGGUGUUUUGUCCUGUUGAAAAAAAAAAAAACGGACGUGCCUUACCCAGUCGAUUUUAUGUUUACAUUUUAAUGUGAAUAGUUUUAGAAGAGAGUAGUAUCAAAGUUCAGUGUGUAAAGUACUAAUCGAAACUACAGUCAUUACUGAGAAUAAAAAUAGAAAAAAAAAAAAACUACUUGCUGGAGUGGAACGUGAAGAAAUUAUAUAAUAAAUUAAAAUGUCGCAUAAAAAUAUUACAGAUUUUGAAAAAUUAUUUAAUUCGGAAGAAUUAUCAGCAGCAUUAUCAGACACAAAAAAAUCAGUGGAUGAUAAUUUGAGUCGUCCAAUUGAUGGAGAUGAUUAUUCAACAAGUUAUAUUGGCGCUAAAAAAAGUACAUGGCCUUGUGAUUCAUUUCCGAAUUUUAAUUUUGAAAAUGAAAAAUCUAAAUUUAUAAAACCAGAAGAAUCAAAAUUAAUUGAUAAGGAGAAAGCUGUGUGCAUUUCAUCAAACGAAAAAUUUCCACAAAGUUAUCAAAAAAUGUUAAAAAAUGAUGCACUAGAUAGAAGAUACGCUAAUGACUACUUGGAAAAUAAGUGUGAACCCGAGACCUUUGCUAACAAUAUUGGACCGUUCUGUUUUGUCGUUACAAUGAUUAUUUUUUUAAUGAUUAUUUCGCUUGUUGCAAAAUUUGUUGUCAGUGGAACAUUAAAAAAAUAAAAUUAAUGAUUAUAUAAAAAAAAAAAAUAUAUAAUACAUCAAUAUACAGUUAUAAAUUUUUCAUUUUAUUAAAAUAUAAUUUUUUAUGCACUUUUAUAAAUAAGUUUAUUUUUUAUUAAACACAAUGUACAUUUAUUUUUAUUGAAAAAAAAAAAAACAAAAAUGUUUAUUUUUUAACUGGUUUUUAUUGUAACCUCUGUUAAAUUUUUAAAUAAAAAUAAUACAGGAAGUAGGAGCUAAAAUUGA